UAAAUAAUUCUUUUGUUUAGUUUUUCCAAAUUAAACAUAGACCCAAACAUUAUAUAUACAUCUAUAAAACGAACCAUUAUUGUAUUCGCUCUCUAGGUUAUUAAUAUUCGACUUGUCCUGCUCUCUGAUGACAGGUUUGGGGGAUAUGGAGGAGGAGAUUGGGAACGGUGCAUCGCUGUUUAAUGAUCAUGGAAGAGAUGAUUCGGACUUCCAAGCUGAUGGUCUGGAUCCGCCUAUAUUAUAUAGGUCAGAAUGGGGAGAUGAUCCUAACUAUGAUAUCCGUCUCUGUGGUAGGAUUGGACUCCAGUGCUACAAUCUUCAGAAGGGAACAAACUUUAAAUUUAAAAGCUGGGAGAUUUGUAGGGAUCAGAUGACUUCAUCCGACGACUCCUUCAUAACUUUGGAGGCAACUGAUCCGGCCACUGGCUCGGUCUUGUCUUUUCAGACGCUGUUAAGCGAUUUUGGACCUCGCCGUUCAUUGGGUGUCAGACUUUUGUGGAUCAACUUAGCCUCCAGAAUUGAACCUAUACGUAACGAGCGUCUGGAUGAUAAUUGGGACAAGAACAAGCUACAUGAUUUCUACAAAGGUCCAAUGCCCAAAUGGUUUUCUGAUGAGGCCUUAGAAAGUAACAGUAGAAAAUAUUACGUGGUAAUAAUAACAUCAGAUCAUUCAUGGAGUUUUAACUUUUAUAUUGUGACAAAAAAAAGGUUGGUAUCAUUCAUUCAUACGCAGGUGCCAGAAUCAGAGAUGCAUGACAAUGACUGGCUGCAACUUCUCAUGGAAGUCGCCUUCUUCUCCAAAACAGAUCGUGGUUUUGAUGGUGACCUACCCUUGGAGCUCAACAAGGCUGUUGUGGAAACUUUUGAAGAUGAGCCCCUUGAUAAGCUCAAAGCAGAUAAUGCAAUCUUCUACCUAAGUUACAAGUGUUGUGCAGAUCCUUCUUCGACGGAUUUGGCUGGUGAUCACCUUGGCAUUGUAAGGAAAACCAUGGAUGGGAAACCAGGCCACAUGAGUCUUGAAGUUGCUCUGACCAAAGAACAAGAAAAACGGUAGAUAUGUGGAUAUGCUUGUCUUUAUCAUUUAGCAGUUAUGUUUUUUUUCCAAACGUUCGAUGUUGUGUGCUUAGCUCUUCUACUCUUUUGGACUAUAACUGUUGCGAUAUCUAUAUAUAACCCCAAGUAAUUCAAAAACGAGAAAGAAGAACAACUUCUUUUAAGAUACCAAGUCAAAAAGUAUUAACCAAUCCAAGUUUC